AUGUCUGGUUCCUCCAGUGUCACCGCUGUGAAGAAGGUGGUUCAACAGCUCCGGCUGGAGGCUGGGCCCAACCGCAUGAAGUUUUCCCAGGCAGCUGCAGAUUUGAAACAAUUCUGUCUGCAGAAUGCUCAACAUGACCCCCUGCUGACUGGAGUAUCUUCAAGUACCAACCCCUUCAGACCCCAGAAAGUCUGUUCCUUUUUGUAGUGAAAUGAAUCUUUGAAGGUGUUCUAAACCACUUUUCAUGAACCAGUGA